GAGGAGUCCAGCAGGCGGGAGCCACCGCGGUCUGGUCGCUUGCGUCCCUGGAUCCCCGAAGCCUGCGGUCCCGGGACCUCGACGCAGCGUGGAGCGAGGCACCCUCGGUACCCCUACGGCUGCCACGGCCGAACGAAUACUACAGCCAUGGCCAUGGGACUUUUCCGGGUAUGUCUGGUGGUGGUGACAGCCAUCGUUAACCACCCUCUGCUGUUCCCUCGGGAGAAUGCCACGGUUCCAGAGAACGAGGAGGAGAUCCUCCGUAAGAUGCAGGAACACCAGGAGAAGCUGCAGCUGGAGCAGCUGCGUCUGGAGGAGGAGGUGGCGCAGCUGCUGGCCGAGAAGGAGGCCCUGAAGCAGGCCGAGGAGGAGGGCCAGCAGCAGUCCGAGUCCUACACUGCCUGGAACCUCUGGAGCACUCUCUGCAUGAUCCUCUUCCUGAUCAUCGAGAUAUGGCGGCAGGACUACCAGGACACGCUCUUCCCAGAGUGCCCAGCUGGAGAUGAGGAUGAGCUGUCUGGACUGGGGGGCGCCCCACUGAAGGGCCUUCCCCUGCCCAAUAAGGCCACCCUGGACCACUUCUAUGAGCACUGUAUCCGAAGCGCCACAGGUGAUGCGACCCGUACCAGGGAGUUUGUGGAAGGCUUCGUGGAUGACCUGCUGGAAGCUCUGAGGAAUGUCUACAGCCGAAACACUGACAUGGAGAUGGAGGACUUCAUCGGUGUGGGUAGCAUGUAUGAAAACUGGCAGGUGGAGAGACCACUCCAGUGCCACCUGUAUGUACCCUUCACACCCCCGGAGCCCUACAGCUUCCGCCCAGAGCUCUGGUGUUCCAGCCUCUCGGUGCCCCUGGAUCGGCAGGGAUAUGGCCAGAUCAAGGUGACCCUGGCCGAUGGGGACCCUCUAGGCUGUGCCUGCAGCAAGACUAAGCUCGGGGAAGAUAUGCUCUGUCUCCUCCACGGCAAGAGUGGCGGGGUACAGCCCAGCGGAGGUGGGGGUGAUGAGAUGAAGGACUUGCUGUGUUCCAGAGAGACCUCACAUCUGGACGCCAUGCAGGUCAUGAAGUGGUUCCAGGUGGCCCUCACCAGAGCCUGGCGCCGCAUCGCCCACAAAUAUGAGUUUGACCUUGCCUUUGGCCAGCUAGACACCCCGGGGUCUCUCAGAAUCAAGUUCCGCUCAGGGAAGUUCAUGCCCUUCAUCCUGACUCCUGUGAUCCAGUGUAAUGACUCCGACCUAUACUUUGUCCCACAGCUUCCCAAGGAGGCGCACAGGGGACCUCCAGCCUCCGGCACUGACUGGUUCCUGUCAUUUGCUGUCUCCGAGCGACAGUUCCUCCGGAUGAUCGGGAAGGCCUUGCCGGAGGACGCCUGCCACCUUAGCUGUCUGCAGAUCGCUUCCUUCUUGCUCUCCAAGCAGAGCCGCCUGUCAGGCCCCAGCGGGCUGCACAGCUACCACCUAAAGACGGUCCUGCUGCACCUCCUGCUGUCCCGGCAGGCCGCUGACUGGAAGGCCAGCCAGCUGGGUGUACGUUUGCAGGAGCUCUUCCGCUUCCUGGAGAGAAGCCUCCAGGAGAAGAAGCUCCAUCACUUCUUUGUGGGCAACCACAAGGUGCCUGAGGCUAUGGGACUCCCAGAGGUCGUGCGGAGAGCUGAGCCUAUAAACCUCUUCCGGCCCUUCGUUCUGCAGAGGACUCUUUACCACGGCACAAUGGACUUCUUCUAUGAGAUGCUGAGGAAUGCCCCAACGCUCAUUAGUGAAUAUUCCCUCCAUGUCCCUUCAGACCGCGCCAGCCCACCACCAAAAGCUGUCGCCUUGUAGACCGUGAAAUGUGAGGGCCAGGGGGACAGCAUCCCCUGUGUCUACCCUACCGGGGUUCUCUAACCCCAUGCAGGAAACACGGUAGGCCUGGAGGGGAGCUGAGGUUCAGCGUGCUGGGAAGCCAGGUCCUGGAGAGUGAGGGAAACAAAAUUGCAACUGGACACUGGUUCGCCUUUCUGCCACGGGGGCUUGUUGGUGAAACGGUUGUUUAGGUUUGGGCACCGAUACUUGGCAGCUUAGUUUUCGAUCACCAUGAAUGACCCAGAUGCUGAUGGAGCAGUCUCCCCGGCACUGAGUUAGAGAGAGGCAAGCGCUGAUUUGAAUGUAAUCCUUUUUGCAUCACAGUCCAUUCUGUGCUUCAGAUGACAGAGCUUCUGCUAGGAUGUUGUUGGGGAUCCGAUGAAGACCCAACACUCUAUUCUGUGGUCUCUUAGCCCCGGUUGUCUGCAGCUAAAUCACGAAUGGGGACAGAUGUGGGAACUCACAGCCUUUGGACCACAUUGUAUACAAUAACAGAGGUCCCACGGUGGCCACCCUUUUUUAAAUACCUGGCAGAGGUCCAGGAGCCCGGUGGCUAACGUCUCCAUUACACAGAAAUGGGUACUUGGUGGUGGAGAGUCUACAGCUGGCCGGUUUUUUAGCCACACAUCUUACUCAGGUGCACACCUUCUCCCUGUCCCUUUACCAUGCACCAGGUCCUGACCACCGAGGGUGUCAAUUACCACAUUGAUUGCUGGCUCAGAAGCCUCUCCCAUCUCCAUCUCUGGUCUUCCCGGCCAGCAGUGUGGUAGAGGGGCACAGAUACCUGUGUCUGCCUUGCACUUUGGCCCACUUUGGAGAAAGUUACAGGGCCCUGGGGCAAGGAUACUGACAGCUCUAAGCUAUCCCCAGGGUCCCGGUUACAGGGAGUGUAGGUUUAUAAGUCGGAGGUGCUAUGAGAACUCAGUUCUGGUCCAUAGGCCCAAAGCAUCUCGCAGGUCCUGGCUUCAAGAGGGCAUCAUCCCUUGGUCUCUUCUGCACAGGCCUUUCUGACCUCAUGGAUGACCCAGACUGAAAGAACAUGAUGGAAGCUGGGCUCACUGGGGAUCCAUGUGAUGACUUCCUGCACAACCUGGAACUCUAAGGAGUGCUAUAGGCUCAGACAAGUACCAGAGCUUUAGGCUGGAGCUGAGCUCCUGUCCAGGCCUCUUCCAGAGGACCCAGCGGCCUCUUCUCCUUAGCUACCUUUACAGUGGACCAAAGAAGAAACACAAAUGAAGAACCAGGUGGCGCCCGCUAGCCCUCCAGAAGUUAAGAUGACAAGCCCUUCAGGGAACAAAACCAGGCUUCCCACAGCCCCACGCAUGCCUCCCACAGCCUCACAGGGCUCCAGAAGAUGGACCAUGUAGCCACCAAGCCUAAUCGAUGGUGAAAGGGCCUACUGCAUGCAGGGUAACCAGAGACGCUAGGAUGCCUCCAUGUAGGCAGGAGUCAGUGAACAUAGGUGGUCCGCCCCUCCACAGCUUCAUGGGGGACCCUGUAAACAAGCCUCCUCAAAGUGUGGCUCUGCCUGCAGCCCUGAGCCACCCUGUCCAGGCACCUCUCAGAGUCAGGGCAGAUGUCCUUAUUUAUUGUCAUCUGUGCCUUGUCCCUGUUCAUUCAGAUCCCGUGGUGCAUCAAAGAGAGCCCAGCAGCCAAGAACCAGCUUUCAGAAGCCAAGACCAAACCCC